GAGAGCGUCCGCGGCAGUGGGGAAGCCGCCUCGCAGCCAGCGGAGGAGCAGGCACGAUAUUGGAGGGGGGAGAAGCGAGGCGGCCGGGAAAGACGCCUUCAGACGGGGGCUAGUGAGCGGAAAGAGGGCGCACGACGGUCUGAUCACGUCGCCGAACGUCCACGGGAGCUCCGAGAGUCGAGGGAUAAUCUUGAAUCGCCUUUCCGACUGUCCAUCUUGAAGCCUAUUUUGCAACCGUGACUCGGCGAUUGCCGCCUUUGUGGAGUGGUGGGGUGCCUCCUGGAUUACAGUGAUCACAGGGGUGUCAGCAUUCCAUCACGCGCUCAAGACGGCGAACAGGAAUCGGUUUGUUCCGUUUGUCACUUGGGACGUUGCGAGCUUCCCCCGUGACUAAUGUUUUCAUCAGGACGCAAGUCGUCGACUUGGAUGAUUACUUCUUUCCUAUCUGGUGCUCUCACUUAAUUCUUUUCGUUGGAGCCCAAAAAGCCUACCAGAUUCCCUCAUCAUGUACGGAAGUUCUCGGUCCGUCUCCAAGCUGGAUGCGGUGGGAUCCAACGGUAACGGGUCGGCGUCGGGCAGCCCCGGCCGCUCCCCCCGCCUCCCCCGAUCCCCGCGUUUGGCUCACCGGCGAAACGGCAGCAGCAGCAGCAGCAGCAACUCCACUGCCGGCCUCACCGGCUCCGGGAAAACCUUAUCCAUGGAGAAUAUCCAGUCACUCAAUGCCGCUUACGCCACGGGGGGGCCGAUGUAUUUCGCCGAAGGGACCGAAGACCCGAUGGGAAUCGGGAGCCUGGGUAGCGUCCUGAACCCCUCCCUGCCAAAAAGUACCAUGACGCUGGGCAGGGCCGGGGCGAGGGUGCCUUACGGGGUUCGGACCGCCUUUGUGGGGAGCAACCCGAAUAUCAACUCUGGAGGAGGGGGUCCUGGGGGGGUGGUGUCCAGUGACUCCAUAGCGUUUGGCGGGGACGUGCAAAGUCAGCCCACGCAGGCUUCCACUGUGCCGCACUCCAUGAGACAGGUGCGGGAAGGCGCCAUGACAGACCUGCAAAGUCAGCUGCGAGAGGUCCUGCGAGAAAAUGAACUUCUCCGCAGAGACUUGGACGCAAAGGAGUCCAAGUUGAGCUCAUCCAUGAACUCCAUCAAGACAUUCUGGAGCCCGGAGCUAAAAAAAGAGCGUGCGCUGAGGAAGGACGAAGUCACCAAGAUGACCGUGUGGAAGGAGCAGUACAGGGUGGUGCAGGAAGAAACGCAGCAUCUCCAGUGCACCAUCCAGGCCUUGCAAGAUGAGCUCCGAAUCCAGCGCGAUCUCAACCAGCUGUUCCAGUCCGAUUACUCCGAGACGGGCCGCCUCGGAUCCCAGGCUAUCUCCCCGCAGGAAAUGACAGAGGAGAACUUCCUGCGUCUCCACAGCGAAUAUGAGCGGCAGGUCAAGGAGCUCUUCCUCCUGAGGAAGACCGUGGAAGAGAUGGAGCUGAGGAUCGACACUCAGAAGCACACUUUAAACGCCAGGGACGAGUCCAUCAAGAAGCUUCUGGAAAUGCUGCAGAGCAAAGGCCUGUCGUCUCGCGCCAGCGAGGAGGAUCACGAGCGGACGAGGCGGCUGGCCGACGCCGAGAUGACCAUUCACCAGCUAGAGGGUUUACUGGAGCAGAAGGACAAGGAGAUGUUGCUACUCAGAGAGGAGCUGCACAGGAGGUACGAAGCAGCUCCUGAGUCCACCAAGACCAAGGCCCUGCAGACGGUCAUCGAAAUGAAGGAUGCCAAAAUCAGCUCGCUGGAGCGCGGCAUGAGGGAACUGGAGGAGGAGGUGAACAUGCUCAAGUCCAAUGGAGCGCUCAGCACCGAGGAGCGAGAGGAGGAGAUCAAGCAGAUGGAGGUGUACCGAUCCCACUCCAAGUUUAUGAAGACGAAGGUUGAUCAGCUGAAGGAAGAGUUAGGUCACAGCCAAUCAGAGAAGGAGGAGCUCAGGGAACGGGCCAAUGAGCUGCAACGCGAGGCGUCCGCAAUGGAUCAGGUGAAGCAGGAGCUGAAUCGUAAGGACAGCGAACUGUUGGCGCUCCGCACCAAACUGGAAACUCUGAACAACCAGUUUUCGGACAGCAAGCAACACGUGGACGUCCUCAAGGAGUCGCUCACCGCCAAGGAGCAGCGGGCUGCCAUAUUACAGACCGAGGUGGACGCGCUGCGGAUUCGCCUGGAGGAGAAAGAGUCGCUUCUGUCCAAAAAGAGUCAGCAGAUAUCGGAGAUCUCAGACGAGAAGAGCACACAGAACGGAGAAAUCAGCGACCUCAAGGACAUGCUGGAUGUCAAAGAGCGCAAAGUCGUCGUGCUUCAAAAGAAGAUCGAGAACCUCCAGGAUCAACUGAAGGACAAGGACAAGCAGCUGAGCGGCCUCAAAGGCCGAGUCAAAUCCUUACAGACGGACACCUCCAACACGGACACGGCUCUGGGAACCCUGGAGGAGGCGCUGUCUGAGAAGGAACGUAUCAUCGAGCGAUUGAAAGAGCAACGGGAGAGAGAGGAACGAGAAAAGGGAGAUGAGGUGGAGUCCACCAAGAAGGAGCUGAAGGAGCUACGGGAGAAAGUUUCCCAGAUGCAGGCCGACCUUGCGGACCGCGAGGCGUCGGUUUUGGACCUGAAAGAGAAGGCCUCCUCCCUGGCCUCUUCGGCUCUGAAGAAGGACAACCGUCUGAAGAGCAUGGAGAUCACUUUGGAGCAAAAGAAGGAGGAGUGUGUCAAGCUGGAGAAUCAACUCAAGAAGGCUCAAAGCGCGGCCGCCGAGUCGGCGGCCAGCGCCGAACUGGCGCGGCGCAUCGCCGGCCUGGAGCAGGAAGUGAGCCGUCACAAAGAGGACACCGACAAGGCUCAGGCCGAGGUGGAGCGGCUCCUGGAGAUCCUCAGGCAGAUGGAGAACGAGAAGAACGACAAGGAGAAAAAGAUCCAUGAGCUGGAGAGUCUUGCCUCGAGGCAGAUGAAGGAUCAAUCCAAGAAGGUGGCCAACCUGAAGCACAAGGAGCAACUUGAGAAGAGCAAGAACGCCCAGCUGAUGGAGGAGGCCAAGAAAAGGGAGGACAACAUGAACGAGAGCUCCCAGCAGAUAAAGGACUCCAUACGCUAUAAGGAGGAGCGCAUUGAGGAGCUGGAGGAGGCCCUGAGGGAGAGCGUUCAGAUCACGACCGAGAGGGAGCUGGUGCUUGCCCAUGAGGAGCAGGCCCGCACACACGCCGAGAAACAGGUGGAGGACCUGCUGGUUGCCAUGGAAAAGGUGAAACAGGAGCUGGAGGUGAUGAAAGCCAAGCUGUCAUCCACUCAGCUGUCACUGGCCGAGAAGGAAGGUCACCUGACUGCCCUGCGGGCGGAGAGGCGGAAGCACCUGGAAGAGGUCCUGGAAAUGAAACAAGAGGCCCUGCUGGCCGCCAUCAGCGAGAAGGACGCCAACAUCGCCCUGCUGGAACUCUCCUCAUCCAAGAAGAAGAAAACCCAGGAAGAGGUGGCGGCCCUGAAAAGGGAGAAAGACGGGCUGGUUUACGAGCUCAAACAGCAGACUCAAAACAGGAUGAAGCUGAUGGCGGACAACUACGAGGACGAGCACCUGAAGGUGUCGUCCCCUAACGCCGAGCUGCCCAACAACCACAAGCGCUCGCCGGAUCAGAUUCUCUCUCUUCUCCUGGAUCUGGACCAGAACCACAGUAAGCUGAAGUUGUACAUCAGUCACCUGACCUCCUUGUGUCAGGAGCGAGACCCCGUCAUUCUGCAAGACUUCGCCCCGCCGCCCGCCUACCACCGCGCCGACUCCGCCGCCACCUGCCGCGCGCAACUGCACGGCAUGACGCACCAACAGUUGGAGGCGGAGUUGGCACUGUGCGAGCGGGAGGGGGCGGAGCUUCAGGAGUACGCCAACCAGGUGCUGCAGCAGAUCGCCGACCGCUGCCCCGACAUUUUGGAGCAGGUCGUCAACGCCCUGGAGGACAGCAGCUGACGCGUUUCCAUCUUCGUUGUCACCAAUAAUGACUUCUGUCCACAGGUUGCUUUUUAUUUUUAUUAUUAUUUUCCUCCUUCCCCUUCACCGGUGUUGGACUGAGUGACACAAGCGCACACUGUUCUUCGAGUCCGCCAUUUUGCUGCUAACUUGUUGUUGUCGUCUUCUAUGGUUUUCUGUCAGCCUUCCGUUGCGCCGGGAACACUCGCGAUAAUCCCUUUACUACCAACCGUGUGGAGAAUAACACGAGGAGGAAUCUUUUUUUUCUGCUUUUUCUUUCUGAGCGGGGAUGGAAAGAAUAUAAAUAUUUUGCUUUUGCUAAUAUAUAUAAAUGCGUAUAAAUGUAAAACACUAAUGUUAUCAUUUCAGUUGUAUGCUUGGUUGUCACCAACAGGGGGGGGCGGGGGGGGGGGGGGUGUUACAGGUUUCAAUUGUUUACCAAAAUAGAAUUAACUGUGGGUUGGGAAAAUAAUUGAAAUGGAAUAAAAUGCGGAUUUAUCUUU